UUGGGAUUUCGCCCACUAAAAAUUUUCUUUCUUAUGUUUUCCACUUCUUCUCCUUCUUUAUCUUCAUCCCCAUUUCAGAGUACAAAAAACUUUCUCAACUCCCAAACUCAUUUAUUACUUUUCCUUUUUCUUCCGAGUCUGUUCAUUCAGGUUUCCAAUACUGGGAUUAGCACUAAACUACUCUCUGUUUUUCACCAAAAACGUUAUUACGUUUAUGUCCUCUCCACUUCUAGCUUCAGAGCUAAACUGAACCUGAAAAAGAAAAGUCAAAACACUCACCAUCAUUGUUUCACUAAAACAACGUUUUAUUCCCUAAUUAUCCUUCUGGUUUCGCUUCAAAACCCUUCUUCUUAUUCUUCUUCUUCUGCUGCUGCUUUUUGGAGCUGGCUUAUCAACAUUGUCCGAAGAAGGGCAUUUUCCUCUUCACCAAGGCUAUAAAGAAAAAAAGAUUCUGCUUGGGAAACCGGAAAAUCCAAAUGGGUUUUUCUUCGUGAACCGGGAAGUCGAAAUCUUGGCCUAGAAAAUGGGCUGUACGAACUCCAAACCAGAGAAAGACGAAGCCUUGCGACUCUGCAAAGAGCGAAGACGCUUCAUCAAACAAGCGAUCGAUUCCAGGUACGCCUUAGCAGCCUCCCACGUUUCUUACGUCCAGUCCCUCCGAAACGUCGGCAUUGCGCUUCGCCGUUUCGCAGAAGCCGAGGUUUUGAUAGAAUCUUCCUUGUCCAUCUCCGACAAAACCCCAUCACAUUCCUCGUACCCUUCGCCCUCCCCUUCACAUCUCAAUGAGGUUUCCGACUCUCCAUUGCACAACAACGAAAACCCACUUCCGCUUUCGACCAACAUUAACUACAUGAGGUCCAAUGGUGGUGGGACCCGCGCUGUAACCGUGAGGCUUGAUCCGACCAGUGAUGGGUUUGUUGAGGAAUUCCCAAUGCCGCCUCCUCCGCCGCCUUUUCAUGAGUCCGGGUCUUGGGAUUUCUUCGACCCCAUUGAUGAAAACGGGAGCUUUAGUUUUGCGGCUUCUAAUGAAGUUGAUUUUAGUUUUGAUGGGGUUGAGAAGAAGAAGAAGAAGACUUGUGAGCCAAGUGGGAAAGAUGGGAGUUUUGGUAAUGGUGAAGUGAAGAAGUUGGAGGAAGUUGGUUUGAAGAAAGAGGACAAGAGUUUGGUGGAGAAAGAUAUGAGUGGGGAAAGAGAGGAUCCUUCGGAGUUUAUUACUCAUAGAGCUAAGGAUUUUCUUUCGAGUAUUAAGGAUAUAGAGCACCGGUUCUUCAGAGCUUCGGAAUCCGGAAAGGAGCUGUCUAGGAUGCUUGAGGCGAAUAAGAUCAGGGUUGGUUAUUCGGAAGCAAAAGGGAGGUCACCUGGCUUGGCUAUUUUACAAGCUUUUCAGCUUGUUUGCUGUCAAGGAAAGAGUUCACUUGUCUGUCAUGAGCCUACACCACAAGGGUCAAAGGUUAUCACAUGGAAACGAACAACGUCGACGAGAUCAUCUUCAUCGAGGAAUGCUCUUGCCGCAGCAUCAAAGGACGAUGGCAACGAUAGCGGAAGUGAUUUUGUUGAUGAGUUCUGCAUGAUUGCCGGAUGUCAUUCCUCCACCUUGGAUAGACUGUAUGCAUGGGAGAGAAAACUCUGCGAUGAAGUGAAGGCAAGUGAAUCUGUCAGAAAGGAGUACGACGAGAAAUGCGAACAGCUUCGGUACAUGUUUGCUAAGGAUUAUAGCAGUCAAGUGAUUGAUAAAACCAGGGCAGUUGUGAAGGAUCUACACUCACGCAUACGAGUAGCGAUUCAUUCUGUGGAUUCUAUCUCGAAGCGGAUCGAGAAAAUGAGGGAUGAGGAGUUGCAUCCACAGCUUGCUGAACUCACUCAAGGGUUGGUCAGAAUGUGGAAGGCCAUGCUUGAAUGCCAUCAUGCUCAAUACAUUACAAUCUCGCUUGCAUAUCAUUCGAAGAACACAUCAGGGACCCCACAAGGAGACGCCCACAGGCAGAUCAUGGAUCAACUUUUGCAAGAAGUCGAAUGCUUUGGCCUAAGCUUUGCAGACUGGAUCAACAGCCUCACAUCAUAUGUGGAGGCCCUCAAUUGUUGGCUCCAGAACUGCAUACUACCACCACGAGAGCGUUCCAAGAGAAGGCCCUUCUCCCCCAGACGGUAUCUGGGCCCACCCAUAUUCACCCUCUGUCGUGAUUGGGCUUCUGAGAUAAGAGCCUUGCCAUCUGCCGAACUCACCACUGCAAUCAGGACCUUCAUGUCGGAUCUUCAGCGGAUUACGGUGCACCAAGCAGAGCAGCAGAAGAUCACAGUUGAUGCUGCAAAUGGACAAUCUGAAGAAAACAAAGAUGAUGAGAACAGUGGGGAUUCGUCAUUGCCGUCCUCAAAUCUGGGCUGCGUACACGCAAGUUUGACAAAAGUUCUUGAUAGACUGACUAAAUUUUCAGAGGCGUCCCUUAAAAUGUAUGAAGAUAUUAGGCAGAAAAAUGAGGCAGUUCGAAUUGCAUAUUCAAACUGCAGACUUACUAGUGCUAGAUGAUAUGCUAAAACGUCAUAUAAUUAUUAUAUUAUGAGUAUAUCUUGAUUUUGUUGCUGGAGAGAUAGAUUGUGUAAAUUUUAAGGUUUGCGAACUGUUUUUCUUUGGUUUUUC